ACAGAAUUGGGGUAAAUUGUGAGAAUGAAGAGUCCCUGCCCUAUUGGAUUUAUGCAUGUCGUCAGGAUUGGGAUUUUCUAGGCUUGUGCAUGUGGAAUAUCGUGAAGAUGGAUCAUGUCGUUACUGUGCAUUCUGGGAGUUUUGGGAAACCCAGAUCUCAAAAAUGGCUCCGCGUCUCACAUACCGUCGUAGGCUGUCCUACAAUACAACCUCCAACAAAACAAGACUAUCCCGAACACCAGGUAACAGAAUUGUGUACCUGUACACCAAGAAAGUUGGCAAAGCACCCAAAUCUGCUUGUGGUAUCUGCCCUGGAAGACUACGUGGUAUCCGUGCUGUUAGACCUAAAGUGCUCAUGAGACUUUCAAAGACUAAGAAGCAUGUCAGCAGAGCUUAUGGUGGAUCCAUGUGUGCAAAAUGUGUUCGUGAUAGAAUUAAGCGGGCAUUCCUUAUUGAGGAGCAGAAGAUUGUUGUGAAAGUAUUGAAGGCACAGGCACAAAGCCAAAAGGCAAAGUAACAUUUUUGCUUUGUAACUUCACAAUAAAUAUGGUUAAUUGUU